CAGCUUGGUCGCCAUUUUGUGAGAAGGUAAAACACGGGAAAAUUACUCACGAAUAUUAUUUUUCUACUAAAUUUACAUACAGUUGCUGAAGAAAUCGCUUCAAAAUGGGGUCGUUAUUCCGAAGUGAAGAAAUGACCCUAGCUCAGCUGUUUUUACAGUCGGAGGCAGCUUAUACAUGUGUUUCUGAGCUUGGAGAACUGGGAUUGGUGCAGUUUAGAGAUUUGAAUCCUGAUGUGAAUGCUUUUCAAAGGAAAUUUGUAAAUGAAGUUAGACGCUGUGAUGAAAUGGAGAGAAAAUUACGUUUCUUGGAAAAAGAAAUCAAAAAAGCCAACAUUACCAUCUUGGAUACUGGUGAGAAUCCAGAAGCUCCACCACCGAGAGAAAUGAUAGAUCUGGAGGCAACAUUUGAAAAGCUAGAAAAUGAAAUGAAGGAAGUGAACACAAAUCAGGAAGCACUGAAAAGAAAUUUUCUGGAACUGACCGAACUCAAGCAUAUACUGAGGAAGACUCAGAACUUUUUUGAUGAG